CUUUGCGACGGCUUCCGAGCUUUACGACGUCAACAACGAUGGCGGCUGCCGGAGGUCGGUUUGAAAGUGCGAGGAGUAUCGAAGAGCGUAAGGAGCAGACCCGGAUCGCCAGGGCCGAGGUGUUGCGCCAGGCUAAAGCCAAUUUUGAGAAGGAAGAAAGGCGUAAAGAACUUAAACGACUUCGGGGUGAGGAUACAUGGAUGCUACCUGAUGUGAAUGAGCGGAUUGAACACUUCUCACAGGAACACUCUGUGAAGAAAAAGAAGAAAAAAGACAAGCAUUCAAAAAAAGUAAAGAAAGAGAAGAAAAAAAAGAGCAAGGAACAGAAGUAUGAAAAAAACAAUGAGUCAUCUGAUAGUUCAUCAAGCUCUGAAGAAGAGUGGGUUGAGGCUGUUCCACCCCAGACUCCUGGCAAGGAAAAGGCCUGGAAACUAAAAGGUGAAAAGUCAGAAAAAGAAGACAACCAAGGAAUUCGGAGGGAUGAGUGGAUGACUGUUGAUUUUAUGUCUGUUAAAACUGUGUCAUCAUCAUCACUCAAAGCUGAAAAAGAAACAAAAAAGAAAAUAGAGCAAGCAAAAACCCAAGCGCUUGAACAGUCCAGACUGCUGGAAAGAGAAUUGAAUCCAUACUGGAAGGAUGGUGGGACCGGUCUUCCACCAGAAGACUGUACUACGUCAUCAGUUACUAAAGUUUCAGUAAUAGAAGAUGGUGGAUUAAGCUGGCUAAGGAAGUCUUAUCAAAGAAUGAAGGAACAAGCUGAGAAACAGAAUAGAAAUUUUGAAGACAUUGUAGCUGAAAGAUAUGGGUCAAUGGAAAUAUUUCAGUCGAAAUUAGAAGAAGCUGAAAAAACUGCAUCCACAAAAGAAGACUGUAGACAAGAACGCUGGAGGAAGCCAACGUAUUCAGAUAGAGCACUAAGUAGUCAAGGUAGAAAAUCAGACUUGACAAAAUAUAAUAAAAGUUUAAGGGAUAGGCAUAGUUCAACAGAUAUUACAAAAAAUAAAGAUAAGUUUUAUGGAGAUGAAAAAAAUAAUAGAUCUGGGUCUUCAGAAACAUAUAGAAGAGACUCCAAUUCAAGGCAAAGUCAAGAGUUUUCUUCUCUUGGAAAUUUGAGACCUAAAUUUAUAAGGCCCUCAGAUGAUGAACUGUCAUUUCAUCACAUGGGCAGGAAUGUUGAAUCUAGUUCACCCUCAGCACUGGCCACUCAGGGUUCUGUGCGUUGUGGUUUUCGAAAACCGACAGAGAACAGCGAAGAAAAUUUAUCAUCACGGAGUCGCUCUGAUGAGAGAGAAGGAGAGAGGAAACAUUCAAAUCGAAAUCCAUUGGAAACCAGUCACAGUGUUGACUAUCGACAUAUCUCAGAAGAUGGAAGAGAGAAAUCACACGAUGAAAGCUUGAGGGAUGACUCUCUGAGAAAAGAACAUCUACAGGACACAAAGUCUUCAUUUUCAGGAAGUCGCCCCGAGGAUGAGUCCAUCCACAUCCUGAGUGUUGAUGAGAAGAACAAGUUGGGAGCCAAGAUUAUCAAGGCAGAGAUGAUGGGAAAUAUGGAAUUAGCUGAGCAGCUUAAAGCCCAACUUGAAAAAGCAAAUAAAUUCAAAGAAACUGUAUCAUCAAAGAAAUCUGGGAUAGAGAAUGAAGACCAGCAAGAAGUGAUUCUUGUCAGAACAGAUCAGUCUGGGAGAGUUUGGCCUAUGAACACACCAGAGAAACCUCUGGAAUCUAAAGGAGGAAGAAGGAAGAGACAGAUGGCUUCAACCCAUGAGGAAAAAGAAAGGGUCAGAUACUUUCAUGAUGAUGAUAAUUUAAGUCUAAACGAUUUAGUCAAGAAUGAGAAGAUGGGAACAGCAGAAAAUCAGAACAGACUUUUUAUGAGAAUGGCAUCUAAGUUUAUGGGAAAGACAGAUGGAGACUAUUAUACUCUGGAUGACAUGUUUGUCUCCAAAGCAGCUGAAAAAGAGCAUUUUGGUGAAGAAGAAGAAAACCAGAGGAAAAAAGCCAUUGCUGAACACCGGAGUCUUGCUGCACAAAUGGAAAGGUGUCUGUAUUGUUUUGACAGCUCUCAGUUUCCCAAGCACCUUAUUGUUGCAAUAGGUAUUAAGGUUUAUUUAUGUUUACCCAACUUCCGAUCUCUUACCGAGGGUCACUGCCUGAUAGUCCCUCUGCAGCACCAUAGAGCCGCUACCUUAUUGGAUGAAGACAUCUGGGAGGAAAUUCAGAUGUUUAGAAAAUCAUUGGUAAAGAUGUUUGAAGAUAAAGGGUUGGAUUGCAUCUUUUUAGAAACUAACAUGAGCAUGAAGAAACAAUAUCAUAUGGUUUAUGAAUGCAUUCCUCUCCCAAAGGAAGUGGGUGAUAUGGCUCCCAUCUAUUUUAAGAAAGCCAUAAUGGAAUCUGAUGAGGAAUGGUCUAUGAACAAGAAAUUGAUUGAUCUGUCUUCCAAAGAUAUCAGAAAGUCUGUGCCUAAAGGCUUACCUUACUUCUCUGUGGAUUUCGGUCUUCAAGGAGGGUUUGCUCAUGUCAUUGAAGAUCAGCACAAAUUCCCUCAUUACUUUGGAAAGGAAAUCAUUGGUGGGAUGCUGGAUAUAGAGCCACGACUUUGGAGGAAAGGGGUCCGAGAAAGCUUUGAGGAUCAGAGGAAGAAAGCACUGCAAUUUGCUCAGUGGUGGAAACCAUUUGACUUCACCAAAAGUAAAACAUGUUGAAUCAUACCUUCCAGUGUUAUUUCCUCUUCAGAUCCCUUUCAGUUUUAUUUCCAUUGUACCUAAUAAGCAGCUGACCCUCAGGUCCCAGGGAAGUCAUGCUCUGGGUCUCUGACCACAGUGCAUCACUGGAUCGUGUCGUGUCCUUCCCCACCUGCUCCUGUGGACUUCAUUGCUGUAACCCGGCGUAAGGCCAGCUGUGUCGGUGACCUGCUCACGUUCCUGUUCUGUGCCUACGUCUUGGUGUACUGAACUAUUUCGUGCAUAUAUGGAAAGACUUUUCUGAAGGAUUAGCCAGGAAGCAUAACAAAUCAUGGGUUCAGAAGGAAUUGGGUCAACAUCAAGGUUAAGUCUAUUGAUUGACGUCUUUUGCACUUUUUAAAUUAAGAGUUGGCAUAUUCAGUAAUAAUUGAAAUUUCUUUUCAUAGCAUUUUAUAGAAGAUCUCUUAAUUUUCUACCAGUAGCACAUGUAUCACUGCUAUUCUUUUUAUUAAAGGAAAAAGACUGUUCCAAAGUAAUAAAGAAUUAAAUGAAUUAUA